GCCAACUGGCGCCUGCCAUUUCUUCCAUCCGCAGUAUGGAUGCCAUGGCCGACACUGAUAGAGAGUUGUUGCUGCUUUGCGCAGCUGAAGCGUGGUAUCAGAGACUCCGUAGGGCGAACCGCUUCACUUUGGCGAAGCUGUUGAGGACCCUGCAGGGCCGAAAGUUCUCCCUGCAAAGCUCUCAUGGCUGGUGGAUGUGUAUGGCCAUCUGGUUGUGGUGCACUGCGGACGCCCGAUCUUUGCAGCUUACCCCAUGUGUCCGGUCCAAGUGUAAGGCCACCAGCAAAAGGUUGAUGGAAAGCAAUCCCAAUUUGACAGUAUUUGAUGGCUUCAGGCAGCAGGUGAGCCGCUUUUUGUUUCUACCCAGUGACAGCUUUUGGGACUCGCGUAAAACAAACAAGGCGCAAGACUCACGUGAGCAGAUCGAAGUGCAAGACUCACUUGAGAAGAUCGAAGUGCAAGACUCACUUGAGAAGAUCGAAGUGCAAGACUCACAUGAGAAGAUCGAAGUGCAAGACUCACAUGAGAAGAUCGAAGUGCAAACAAUUUUGCCAAAUGGAGUUUGUGAAGCUAAGAGCUGGAUGCGCAGAGGCAAAGGACUUUUUGCCUAUGUCCGCGCAGCUGACCUGGACCGGAAUGUGCAACCAACAGCUCCAUACAGCUUUCGCCGAGAAGAUCAGACAACGGUGGCAGUUGUAAAAAUGUGGUCCAAGAAGGUGGACGAAGGUUUCAAUGACCAUUUUCAGAAGACCGAAAUCAAGGGGGUAGAUGAUUUGCAGGAUGCGCGGGAGAAAGAAGCGUUCCUUGACUUCAAGCAGGCCUUGGUGAAUCUCUUGACGGAAGCAGGGCUACGAGGCGGGACCAUAUGGAAAUGCGCAGAAGUGCAAGCUUCAGAGAACACCCACCUUGCCAUCUAUGGUAAGUUGAAGGAUGUGAUCACCGCUUUGGAUCGGCAACCUUGGGUAGCCCGCCACUACUUCCAAUGUUUGACUAGGCAAGGGCCAGAGGGGAGGCUGUCAUUUCAUGCCAAUAUGGGCUUCGGCAAGACUGGUCUGGUGAUGCGCCCCGGAAAGCCGGAUUUGCGGAUUGUGCUCUACAUCCGCCGAGGGACUGGGGGGGAGCACGCGUGCACGCAGUCCUUGGACGUCUUCCUAUUGGACAGCCGGACACCAGAGGGCUUUUCCAUCGACCUGAUCAUCGGAUCCUUUGGUCGUCAGUUCAAACCACAAGGGGAGCUGGGCCGUGGUUCUGAAGGCAUCGUCUACGAAGUCACUGAAGUCACAGCGGAAGAAGAAGGUAAUCACGUGCCGAGUAGAUACGCACUGAAGCUUGCAACGCCGCGCAUGAACCAGCAAGACAUUCAAAAAGAAGCGGAGGUCGCGCUCACUUUGAACCAUAGAUUCUUCGCGCAAAUUCAUGACUGUAGCGAGAUGCGGUUUGCAAUCCGUGCUGAUGCAGGCCUUCCAUUUGAUCAAAGGAAAGGCAUUCUGAUGGGGCUUGCCGACACAAGUCUUGACAAGUUUGUUCUGAGAGAGGCCGACAACUCUGGCAAACACUUGGACAUCAGAUGGUUGCAGACAUGCCGGGAUCUCAUGGCUCAGAUGGUUUUCGCCGUUGCCUACAUGCACCAGAAGCGCUUAGUCCAUCGCGACUUGAAGCCCCAGAACGUGCUGCUAAAUCAUUCGGAUUCGAGUCUGGGUGGGUUGAGCAUCAUGCUUUCAGAUUUUGGAUGCACUGCUUUCCUUCCGCCUGAGCAACAGAGGUUGCCGGGAGGAAGGCGGGUGGGCACGCCCGGCUACGCAGCUGGAGAAAUUGAGAAGUAUCAGCCACACGGCAUGAAGUGCGAUGUGUUUUCUCUUGGAGUCACCUUUCAGGCCAUUCUUCAGAGACGGCGUGGGCAUGCACAACGAGGUCUCAUUUUGAUGCCAGACAAACAUGGUCACAAACAUCACUCGUGCAACUACCCUGGCAAACUCGUUGGCUUGCUGCAGGGGAUGCUUAAAAAAGACGAAUCCUGGCGUUACAGCAUCCUGAGCGUUCGAGAAGACCCUUUCUUCAACCAACUGACAUGGGGAAGCUCCACCUUUGCCGCGGUUGACUGGAGCCAGUACUAGGACACCAGGCCGGCUCGGAGCCCGCCAGGCCCUCCGCUACUAGCUACUCACAAAAACACGUCCAGCCGAGGCGUGUGGAUUGCCUUUUCAGGAAGUUCUUGGGAACCCAAGAACUGGCUAAUGCCAAAACCACUGGCCGAUGCUUUUUCUUUUCUACGACCAAGUUUCACCCUUACCGAAUCUGAACUUCCAAUUCCAGGGCUUGCCGCAGAUGCGGGGCUCCGUGGCGAACGGCCACUGGCGACGUUUUUAGUGAGUAACAAUCAGUUAGCGCAUAGGAAGCC